AUGGGGUCAGAGCCAGGCAGGCCCUCGGAGCCAGAGACUACCCAGAAGUCAGGAUCUGCUGCCCUCAUGGAAAUAAGGAAACACAAUGGCCAUUUAAAAAUAGAUGACCUUUGUUCUCCCGUUGAUGCAUUCUUACACCGAAUGAAUCAGUGUGCAGCAGCAAAAGUGGACAAAAAUGUUACAGAGGAAACAGUGAAGAUGUUGUUCUCGAACAUUGAAGAUAUCCUGGCUGUGCAUAAAGAGUUCCUAAAAGUUGUAGAAGAAUGCUUACAUCCUGAACCUAAUGCUCAACAAGAAGUGGGAACCUGCUUUCUUCAUUUUAAGGACAAGUUUCGUAUCUAUGAUGAAUAUUGUAGUAACCAUGAGAAGGCACAAAAAUUGCUUCUUGAACUUAACAAAAUAAGAACAAUCCGGACCUUUCUUUUGAACUGCAUGCUGCUUGGAGGACGAAAGAACACAGAUGUUCCCCUGGAAGGAUAUUUAGUAACACCAAUACAAAGGAUAUGCAAGUAUCCUCUGCUUUUGAAGGAGCUGCUGAAGCGGACUCCACGGAGGCAUGGAGACUAUGCAGCGGUGAUGGAAGCUCUCCAAGCUAUGAAAGCCGUCUGCUCCAACAUAAAUGAGGCCAAGAGGCAGAUGGAGAAGUUGGAAGUUUUAGAGGAAUGGCAGUCUCACAUUGAAGGCUGGGAGGGGUCCAACAUUACUGACACUUGCACUGAAAUGCUGAUGUGUGGAGUCUUGCUGAAAAUUUCUUCUGGAAAUAUUCAAGAACGGGUGUUUUUUCUUUUUGAUAAUCUGUUGGUAUACUGCAAAAGAAAACACAGACGGUUGAAGAAUAGCAAAGCCUCCACAGAUGGACACCGGUACCUUUUUCGUGGCAGGAUCAAUACUGAGGUGAUGGAGGUGGAGAAUGUGGACAAUGGAACAGCUGAUUUUCAUAGCAGUGGGCACAUUGUUGUUAACGGUUGGAAGAUACAUAACACAGCAAAAAAUAAAUGGUUUGUGUGCAUGGCAAAAACACCUGAAGAAAAGCACGAAUGGUUUGAAGCUAUUUUAAAAGAAAGAGAACGACGAAAAGGUUUAAAAUUAGGAAUGGAGCAAGACACCUGGGUAAUGAUCUCUGAACAGGGUGAGAAACUUUAUAAAAUGAUGUGCAAACAAGGAAAUCUGAUCAAAGACAGGAAAAGAAAACUGACUACAUUCCCUAAAUGCUUUCUUGGAAGUGAAUUUGUUUCAUGGCUGUUGGAAAUUGGAGAAAUUCACAGGCCUGAAGAAGGUGUUCACUUAGGACAAGCAUUAUUAGAAAAUGGGAUCAUCCACCACGGUAAUCAUUUUCUUAAUUUGCUUAUAGAAUCUACGUUUUCACAAACUGCCUUGCCUGUAUCUUGA